AUGUCUUGGAACCCAAUCGAGCAAGAGCGCAUGGACAAGGCCAUGUACCGCGAGUAUAAGGAGGACAUCAGCUAUAUCGCCGUCGGCGAGAGGUCUUCCAGUCGUGUUCUCGCCUACCAGCUUUGGGCGAACCGCAUGGCAAAGUCGAACGGACCCAUCCGACCCAAGUUCCGUGUGGACACAGCAACCAGAGGACACUGGGACCCGAUCGAGGAACAACGCAUGAGGAUCGAGAGGGAAUCCAUCUUACGUGAACACCAGGAGGACACGGUAUCCAGAGGUCACUGGAACCCGGUCGAGGAACAACUCAUGAGGAUGGAGAGGGAAUCCCCCCGACCCAAACUCCGAGUGAACACGGCAAUCAGAGGACACUGGGACCCGAUCGAGGAACAACGCAUGAGGAUGGAGAGGAAAUCCCACCAACGCGGACUCCAGGAGGACACGGUAUCCAGAGAGCCUUGGGACCCAAUCGAGAAAGAACGCAUGAUGAUGCCGAAGGAAUCACUCCGACGCGGACUCGAAGAGGACACGGUGACCGGAGACAUUUGGGACCCGAUCGACGAACAACGCAUGAUGAACCGCUGGGAGAUGGCCUACGCCAACAGAGACGAUGACUAUUCCCAGUACGGUCUCUUAUACCCCGAAUCGUCGGAAUACGAUCCAGGGGAUUGCGAUUUUUCGGGUUGCGAUAUUACGGAUGACGAUUUUUCGGAUUACGAUCCAGAGGAAACCGAUCCAGAGGAAACCGACCAGCGAUCAGAAGCGUCCGAGGAAGCACUCAUGACCGAGACCCACUGGAGGAGCGAGGAUCAUAUGCCGAUGCGGUUCGAACAGGCCGCUCAGAGACCUCCCCAUCCAGCACCGGAGUUCUACCCUAGGCAGCCGGUGAGCCGGGUCGAGCCGUACAAGGUUUACGACUUCAACUUCGGGCCAACCCGUCGCCAAAACACCCUGGCGACUGUUCCCGCGAAGUCCGACCUGGCAGCGGUAUACGACAUCGCCGGCCUCGGCCCAAGCGACUUCGACGGACCAAUAUACCCGCUCAUCCCGUUCGCGGCCGCCCGCGACUCUUCUCCGCCGUUGGCCCAGAUCGACCUCGUCAAGAUCGAGCACUUGGAGCGAUGUCUGGUCGCCCGCGGACUGACGCUGCACGAGCAGUACAUGCUCUCGCCGGCGCUCGAGGAGUACGGAAAGUCUGUCGGCAUCGUCACCCCCCUCGUCUUCGCGGCAGACUACAAAGGUCUAUCCACGUCGGACGUUCGAGAGACCUACGGCGGGCUCUGGUGGACAUUCCUAUUCCUUGAUCGGUGGAACCGCGUGCACGAGCUGGAAUGGGACAGUGCCGGCCACGUGAUUGGAUGCUGGGGUUCGCUGGAGGAUGUCGAAUUGGUUGCACACAUCGCGGGCGCUGGGACUUUGUUUCAUGGUUGA